AGCGCCAUCUUACGAGUAAAAUAACGUCGUUUUGUUUUUGUUUCAACUUCGCAAUUUUCUUAUUAUAUAGUGAUCAUGGCGGACACUCUCCCUCCUGUUGAUGUAGAAACACUUGUACAGAAAGGAUCCGCUGCUCUUAGUUCAUACAGAGAUCAACAUUUCAAGGGCAGCAGGACACAUCAGGAGAAACUCCUACUGACAAGUUCAACUCUCUAUAUCGGCAAUCUCUCAUUCUAUACCACAGAGGAACAAAUUUAUGAACUAUUUUCCCGUGCUGGGGACAUCAAACGAGUAGUGAUGGGAUUAGAUAAAGUGAAAAAAACUCCAUGUGGAUUCUGUUUUGUUGAGUACUAUACUAGGGUUGAUGCAGCUAUGUCUAUGAGAUAUAUCAAUGGUACACGCCUGGAUGACAGAAUCAUACGUUCUGACUGGGAUGUUGGUUUCAAAGAGGGAAGACAAUACGGAAGAGGAAAAAGUGGAGGCCAG